GAGUGGUUAACACACAUGAAAGCUAGUGGGCGUGUUACCGCGCGUUCCAACCAGAGUUUCAAUGAAUUUGCGUUUUCACUUCUAUUCCUGCUUUAUCUCUCUCUAUGGGAUGUGGAUCAAAUGAACUGAUGAUGUGACAAACGUCCAGAUAAAAUAAAGUGACUGAACGGAGAAAAGUUUUACAGGAAGAUCAGCAGGAUGUCGGAGCUGGACGAACCGGACCAGGUCAUGGAGGACGGACGAGUGUAUCGCAACCCAACGGAGAUGAAGAUGAGCCAGAUCAUUCUUCCCUGCCAUGCCAACCACUGCAAGGAGCUGAGCGUGGGGCAGCUGCUCAAGUGGAUGGACUCCACUGCCUGCCUCUCCGCUGAAAGACAUGCAGGAUGUCCCUGUGUCACAGCCUCUGUUGAUGACAUUCACUUUGAGCACACCAUCAGUGUUGGACAAGUGGUUAACAUCAAGGCUAAAGUCAACAGAGCUUUCAACUCAAGCAUGGAGGUGGGGAUAGUGGUGAGCUGUGAGGACCUGUACAGCAAUCGCCACUGGAAAGUCUGUCAGGCUUUUGCCACCUUUGUGGCUCGUCGUACAGAUAAAGACAAGGUCCAUCUGAAGCCUCUGGUCCCUUACACACAUCGUGAGAAGUUGGAGUAUAGUGUCGCUGCUGAGAGAAGGAGGAUGAGGCUGCUGCAUGUUGAAAUUAUGAAAGAUCUACUGAGUAACACUACUUUCCAGACGAGCAUUAGCGAGAGCGUGUGUGAGGGCCAGGAUGAGGAGGAAGAAGUGCCAUCUGAGAAAACCAGAGUAGAGAGCGUAGAGCUGGCUCUUCCCACACAUGCCAACCACCAGGUGAACACGUUCGGAGGCCAGAUCAUGGCAUGGAUGGAAAACGUAGCCACCAUUGCUGCCAGCCGGUUAUGCCACGCCCACCCGACCCUGAGGACGAUAGACAUGUUCCACUUCAGGGGACCGUCUCAAGUCGGAGACCGUGUGAUACUGAAAGCCAUCGUCAACAACACUUUCAAAAACAGCAUGGAGGUGGGCGUGUGCGCAGAGGCGUAUCAGGGGGAGGAAGCUCUCAGACACAUAAACAGCGCGUUUAUGACUUACGAGGUGCUGGAUGAGGAGGGCAGGCCAUGCCCGCUACCCCGGAUACGUCCCGAACCACUGGAUGGAAAACGGAGAUACCAAGAGGCGAUUGCCAGAAAGAAGAUCCGACUCGACAGAAAAUACAUCAUCUCCUGUAAGCAUACUGAAGUGCCCUUGUCUGUCCCCUGGGACCCCAUUAACCAGGUGUAUCUGAGCUACAAUAACGUCUUCGCGCUCAAGAUGCUAGCGGCCAGAAACAACUGGGUUCUUAGUUCUAAGAAGAACAAAGUGAGUCUGUACACUCUGGAGGAGAAUCAGAGCCUUUGUGUCCGGGUUGAAUCGGAGGUGAACGUUCCGGCAGAAAGAGCUUUCCUCCUGCUCUCAGAUCUCAGCCGCAGGCCCGAAUGGGACAAGCACUACAAACAGUGCAAGCUCAUCCUCAGAGUUGAUGAUGAUGAUCUGAUCUAUCACGUUCUUGCUCCGUCUGUAAGCGAAGGAGGAAAAGGACAGGAUUUCAUCCUGCUUGCCUCCAGGAGGCCACCGUGUGAUAGCGGGGAUCCAUAUAUCCUUGCCAUACGUUCGGUCACUCUUCCCACGCACCCUCCGACAGAAGACACAAACCGAGGGGAGAUGCUUUGCGCAGGAUUCACCAUUUACGCCGAGUCUGAAAACGUAUCAAAGAUCUCUUACUACAACCAAACCAACCCCGGGGUGCUGCCGUACAUCUCUACAGACAUCGCCGGACUCUCGUCCAGUUUCUGUUCCACCUUCCUUUCCUGCAGCCAGUACCUGAUGGACAACAGAGUCUGACCUUCUGUCAGUUUCACCACACCUCUUUAGCACUCACUUAUUAACACUAUCCUGGUCAGUGUUAAUAAACCAGACUAUAUUUUUUACACUAGACUUGUUUUAUUUUGUCUUUUUGCGAUCAUGCCAGUUUGGGGAGGCGAUAUGUGGGAAUAAUUUUAUUUAUGUAUAUUAAACAGGUAGUAAAAGUGAAAAAAUUGUAGCCAGUUUUAUACAAAAGACUAAAAUACUAGCUUAAUGAAAUACGUGCGUAAUAAGAAAAUACUAGCAUCUGAUUGGGUGGUACAUGUCCAUCGGGAUAGCUAACUAGCCUUGAUUUGUUUAUUAUUUUAACGAUUUGUAUGUAUGUAACAGAAACAAAAUUCCUGUUAAAUGAUAUUAAGAAAUUGUGGUAUGUAUGUGAGAUAAAAAUCUACUAAAAGCAUCCUGAUAAAAUGUGAAAA